UGCGAUCAUGGAGAGUAAAUUGGCAAAGCUGGAGCAAGACACGCUAACAAACUCGCUGGAGAUUGUGCACCACAAGGUCAGGCUGCUGAUGGAGGUGUGGAAGGUGUUUUUCGACGAGAUCUGCUACCUAGACUAUCUAACCUCACUCCCGUCGAGCAUCGAACAGUUCCUGGGUGAAAUCUACUGUCUCACGAUGAACUUUUGCGUCCGCAAGACGCAACAGAUCCGCGAACUGCAAAACAAAGUGUUCGACCUGAAGCGUGUGCUUGGCAUAAGGGACGGCGUAAUAGAAGGGUGGGACCAUGGAAAUAUGUCGCUCGACCGGAAGGUAGCAGAGCUGCAGCAACAAAUCAACACGCUCCAGCAGCAAGCGGACGAGCGUAAACGAUUGAUGGAAGAGUACACGCGGGAGGAAGUGCAGCUGCUCAAAGAGUUGGGCGAAGCGGCACCACCACACGAACCGCUGUGUGCCAAUGCGGAAACGGGCUUCCUUCCGGACGCACAAAAGAUGGCCCAGUUUGCCGAUUACCUUAGCCGGUUGCGUGCGGAAAAGGUGAAACGCAUUGCGACCCGUGACGAACUGCAGUCCGACAUCCGGAAGAAGGCACAGCAGCUCGAUUGGGUACCGCGGAAGGACCGGCACCGGGAACUUAUCAAUGAACAGACGCUUAUACCUUCGCUGAGCAAUCUGCACGAGCUGCAACAUUUGGACUUUGUGCUUUCGGGACUGUUGGAGCGUAAACAGCAGCAGCAGCAACAACAACAGCAAACCAACGCCACCAAGCAACAAACAAAGAAGGCGAAAAAGCAGGAAAAACGAAAGAAGCAAACUCAAUCCGAAGAAUCAACCAUCCCGCCGACCAGUACCGAUGGUGAACUACCGGUAGGUGAAGAGGAGGACGACACGGCGGUCGAACAGGAAUUGCGUAAAAAGACUGUUUCCCCACCACCGGCGCCACCGUCAUCGCCCGUCUCGGAAAUUGAAAUUCCCGUGUCCAAAACAACAAACGGAAUGUUCGAGAAGACGAUCGAAGCGUACAUGCGCGUCGAGAAGAAAGCGGGCCGACCAGCCGAUAGGCAGAAAAUCAUCGAAGAAAUGUUCCGACGCUUCCGGGCAAGCAUUAACGUUUGGUGGGAGCGUUGCCUGAUCCUGCCAAAUGAGCGCCAGCAGUGCAAAGUACUGUACACGGAUCAGCUCGACGAGGAAGCGUUCAUAGCGCACAUUGAGCAGCAGAAAUUGCUCCAGAGCUAUUACCACGAAAAUGAGCCCAUUUUCCGACUAAUCUACCAGUGGGCGGAACUCUGGAACCGUUCGCUCCAGCUGCAGGACGCCGAAUGUAAGAUGCCGCAAGAACUGGCGGAAGCAAAGGAACAGCUGACCACGAUUCGGAACCAGCUGGAGGGUAAAUGUCGUGAGUUCGAACAACGGUGCCAGGUGAAAUUCACCAUGUACGGGAUGCCGGUAAUGCAGGUGCUGCAACGGUGCCAGGAUAAGCGCGAAAAGCUGAAGCUGGCAAAGAGCUGCAAGCUCGUUCAGCAAGCACCCGUCGUGCGUACCAGGACAACGCACGCCGGACAGCAACUGGCGCCCGAGUUGGUGCUAGAGUUGAGCCUGAUGUUGCGCGAUUUGAUGAUCGAAAAGCAGACGGAAGAAGAAGACGGACCGGACGGCAAGCAAUCCGAGACGGAUACGGACGAUUCGAAUCGUGGCAGUGAGGACGAGAGCGGCAGCAGCAGCACCAACAGCAACACUAGCAGCGAUGAUGGCGGCGAGGUGAAUCAGAAGCGCGACGAUGAAUUGCUGGAGGAGGCCUUCGCGUCGGCCACUGCGGCAGUCACCACUAAAAACCGCAUCCAUUCCGUUAACGGGCAUCCGACGUCCUCCUCCUGAAGGGCGGCGUGGCUGAGAGCAACAAGACACCAGUUUACAGCAGAAUCAACAAUUUGCGCAUAAGAUUUAGUAGAAUCGCAUGGGGCG